GCUGCGAGGAGUAGAAACAGCUGUUCACAGCUGUGAGCUACUGUAAGCUACCUGCCGCCAAUGACAGCUCGGACCACGUGCGUUUGACAGCUCCGACCACGUGCGUUUGACAGCUACGGUCCCCGUAGGUCCAGCGGUCUGUUAUGCAGCGACACGCGGGCCGAAUAAUAUGCCAAAGAACGAGGUAGCCUUCCUUCUGACGUGCAGCCUCGUGAUCCACCAUGGCCUGUGCGGGGAAUUUGUCAAAGUGGCCCAGCAACCUUCCAACUUGUUGGUCGACUAUUACGCGUAUCGACACAUCUCCAUCGUCCACUUCACGGUCCCGGAGAACAGCGUCACGGCAGUAUUCACAUUUACGGCGAAGGAGGAGAAGACAGGGGGUAUCGGAAGUUGCAAGCCGAGAGAUGUCUCGGUGUACUUGAAGUCGGGGAGCUUGCCUCUGAUAAUCCCGGACAAGUCGAAGAUCUUCGCAAAAUUGCUGAAACGUCGGCGAGAGUAUCGUUCCUUGAAGAUGUCUAGCGAUGAGCAGAAACAUCUCGUGUCGAUACAAGCUCCUGCUCCUGGCGACUGGUAUGCUAUUGGUUUCCGGUCCUGGUCCGAUCCUAACGAGGGAAAGAUCACGCAGCAAGGACUCGGGGCAUCGUGUGACACGAUCUUGGACGUCGACCUAGAAGUCGAGCUCGCUGACUCGGUCUUGACUUACGACGGAGAACAUCCGAGAAUCUUGGAAUUGAACGACACGAGCAACACGGCGGUCGUUCGAUUUUUCGUCCCCUUGACUUACAAUGAGCCGGUGAUGAACUUGAAUUCAACCUGCGGUGAACUUUGCAACGUCGACGUGAUUAUCACCACCAGCGAGCACCUGACCAAUGGAUCCAUCAACACGACUGAUGCCUUGAUUCCGUUCAAGCCACACACGAAAGUUCCGCAUUUCCUAAAUCUCCGUUUGCGGUCUGGAAACGCAACCAGUAUAUCCGUCUCCUUAACGGAAAACCUAGCAGAGAACGCAACCGAGAUAAAUCCGAUAGUAUUGAUGAGGAAGUCCUUGCCGGACUUCUUCCUCUUCGACUACGAGUACCGUGAGGGUAACGACACGAAGACCUCUCCAUUAAAUCUCACUCUGGGAACUCUUUCCGUCCUUCGAUUCGACGUCGGAGCCGUCUACGACGUCGGAGGCACCGUUUCCGUGGGAUUGAAACUGGACAACGGCGAGGCCAAGGAUGACAAGAACCUCGUCGUGGUUGGAUGCGUCUCUCUCGGGACCUACGUCGGCAUCACGGCGACCGGUGGUUGCCUAGGAACGAACAUGGUCUCACCGCCCGACGUGUUCGCCAACGGGACGGGGCCGGCCUUCGUCCACAUCCCAUACCCGGAGCCAGGAACCUGGCACCUGAGUUUGAAGGCAUUUUCAACCGGGAAGAACUGUAGCUGCACCAAGGGAUGCCUAACGAACGGCUGCAAGAUCUGCGACUGCCUCGAAGAGCGUUCCGCUAGGGUGGAGACCAACGUGGCGUCUUCGCCUUGCAUAGAAGGUCGUUGCAAAAACAGAGGCAGAUGCGUGCACUACAUGAGUGGAGGCUUCGUCUUCUCUGCAUGCCACUGUACAGGAGGAUAUCGAGGGUUCGAUUGCGCGGACGACAAGUACGUCCUCACUAGGACGGACGUCCUGGUCAGCUUGGUGCUCUUGACGUGCAGCAACCUCGCCUUCGCCGGGUCCAUCUACGUUGCCGUAAGAAGGAGGUACUACACCGAAGCGGUGGUUUAUGCGGCCGUUAUGGUGUUCUCCACCUUGUACCAUGCUUGCGAGUCUGGGGAAGAGGUGUACCACCUGUGCGUGACGAGACUGCCCGUUCUCCAGUUCUGCGACUUCUUCAACGCCUUACUGUCCAUCUGGCUCACCCUCGUGGCCAUGGCGUCUCUUGGUCCUAAGAUCUCCUCCUUUUGCCAGAUUACGGGGGCAGUGGUCCUCGCCAUGGGUGCGGAGCUGGACAGGACCUCUCUCUGGGUGUUCCUUACUCCUACGGUCACGGGCUGCACCCUCGUCGCCGUUUCUUGGGGCCUCAGGUGCAAACGCAAGGGCACGUUCCGGUAUCCUGCUACUCCCUAUCGGUCCAUCCUCCUUCCUGCUGGACUCGUCCUUGUGUCCCUCGGCCUCGUCUCCUACGCCUUCCUGCAGACUCGGCAGAACUACUACAUUGUUCACAGCUUAUGGCACGUCUGCGUUGCCGUGGGCGUUAUGCUCCUCCUGCCGAAACGGGAAUACAUGAAAUAGUACAAAAGUUACGGAAAGUUCGCGGCCCGUUCUACGAGAAUAAUGUAUUUUCGAUCCUGUUCGCUUUCGCUGAUAGGUAACGAGUUUUAACUGUUAAGGGGAUGUGAAAGUGAGGUCUGAGAGGUCAAUCGUUCGUGAAAUUUUUCUCCGAACUGAAUGUACCAAAUCGUUUCAAAACUUUAAAAUGUGAAUGUCCAGACUGUAAUGAAGGUCCUGAAAUCAGUGAAAUUUCAUUUUUUGUAAUGAAUUUAAGAAAUGUUUAUGAAUCAUAUUUUUUUUUUCAUUAUAAUUUCAUGGUUGUCAGGAUCUUUGUUAUAGCCUUCGUAUUGACAUUAUAAAGUUUAGACUGAUCCAGAAACCUUAGUUCGGAGAAAAGUUUCAUUAACGAGACAUCUUUGACGUCACUUCGACAUCACCUUAAGUUCCGAAUGUAAUUUUGAUGCACUUGUAGGUAAACAUGCUGUCGCACUCUCGCUGUAUAAAUAAUGUACAUACGCAUUUCGCGAUUGUGUUGAAUCGUGUUCGCAGAGAUUCUUAGAGGCGAGAUUCGGAGAGGAGAGGAUAAUUGUAUAAUUGUAUGUAGAUCUAGAAAUCGUGGAUAAUUGCUCACGAUGGUAGCACUGGUGCUCCAUCCUCUGCUCGUGUAAAGGAACACGCAGUCUGUACAAUAAAUGCGUAUAUAUGGUUGUACAAAUAUACUUCGAAACAGGGUCCUA